AGAGAAACCAACUGGGGAACGUGAUUGUGAUGAGUCAGUAAAUAUAUUGUACAAUUAGCUGCAAAAUUGGAACGCAUGAACGUGAACUGUAGACACACACACAUGGUUUUCAAAUGUAACUAGUAAAAGAAAUUCACCCCAGAGACAGAUAAGGGUCCACUCCUGGACUGAAAUGACCUUGUUUAUGACAGACAAACCUUGUACAAGGAUGUUUUUUUGUUUUUUUAUGUACCUGAAGCAAGCAAAGCAGCUAAUCAUCCACCAAUUCAAAAACAUGUUUGUGUAGAGUAAUUACAAUUUUCUGCUCAAUUUCAAAUGUUAUGGUAUGACAUUUUUUAGAGUCUCUUUUUCAUAUAUGUCCACAGAACAUGUGUCAAACUCAAGGCCUCCGUGCUUGAAUCCUGCCCAUCAGGUCAUUUUUAGUGGCCUGUAAACUACCCUGAGACAGUAUGUAGUUGGUAUGUGUAGCAAGGAAUAAUAAUAAAUAUUUAAUAAUUUAAUUUAGGAACUCUUGAAAAACUGGGAUUUGAACCCAAGACCUUUUGCGUGUAAGGCACAUGUAAAGCUGCUAAACUAUUAACCACCAUUCCUUGUUAUCAGAGGUGUAUGGGGUUCAGAUUCAUACAUUUUGUGUGCCCCCAGCAGGUCUGUGUAAGAAGCCCAUAGUUUUUGUUCACAACACAGAGGUCAUCUCUGUAACAGCUCAUAUUUCAUGAUAUCUGUAUUGAUAUUUAUGACUAUAUCAGCUGUGAUUGUCAUGGCUGUCUGUCUCUCUGCCCUUCUGUCUCUCUGCCUGGGUAAUCACUUCAUCACACUCACCUGUGUCCUGUGCCUGUCUCGUUUAGACUCACUGGUCACACCUGGUUAUAUAUACUCCCCUCCCUCACACCGGUGUUUCUGGCUAACAGUUUGUUUUUGGAGAUUUGUGGCAGGUCUCUGUGUUGGACUUGUUCUUCCCAACCUGUGAGUUCCUGUUCUAUUGUCGUCUUGUUCUGUUCUGUUGUGUUGUGUAAAACCAACCCUUUGAGAGGGAAUCUUAAUGUUGAUGUGGCUCUCACUGGAAAUGACUGACCGCCCUGGUCAACAGAUGAGUCAGUGAUGACACUGGCCGACAGGGACGACAGACGCGUUUCCCCCAGUGUGGACCGGCGGUGCGCAGAAGUGCGCUCCAUGCUCCAGCAUCCUGCACCUCCUCUGCCUCCGUCCCUGAGAUCAGCCCCAACCUCCGAGAGCCGCUGAGAUUCUCUCGGAACCACAGUAGAACGAGAUGUGCUGCGGACCAUCGGCAAUUGCUUCUCCUCCUCCUCCUCCUCCAGUGGAAAUUCAAUGGCAGACAAAGACUGCGCUUUCCAUUUUUCCCGUUAUUCCUGAGCUCAUAAAGACAGAUCUGGUUCAAACAUUAAGCCUGUAAUAUUUCUCUCAUCUCUUUCUCUGCCAAUUUCUAUUCCUCCAGUCCAUCACCAUGUCUUUUUUUCUGGCAUCGACCGUCCUUAUGAUUCUUCAGACGUAUACUGUCCAGGCGGGAUAUGACCCAACAGUGGACCCAAUGGACCUGAAUGCUGGACUAGCAGACAAUGUUUCUGUAGAUGUUUCCUCGCCUCCUCCCCCAGGUACUAGCAAAAGAACACCACAUAGUAUAAUUAUCGGAGUACGCAAAGGCGGGACAAGGGCGCUGCUGGAAAUGCUGGACAUUCACCCUGAGGUAGCCGUAGCCGCCACCGAGGUGCACUUCUUUGACUGGGAUGAGAACUAUGCUAAGGGCCUUGAGUGGUACCGUGAGUUGAUGCCCUACUCUUACCCACAGCAGAUCACAGUGGAGAAAACUCCAGGUUACUUUACAUCAGCCCUUGCACCGGAGCGCAUCUGUGCCAUGAACUCCUCCAUUAAACUGCUUCUGAUAUUGCGAGACCCAGUCGAGCGGGUGAUCUCCGACUACACCCAGGUGUACUUCAACCGUCUGGAGAACCACAAACCCGUACAGGCCAUUGAGAACCUGCUUGUGCGCAACGGAGCGCUGAAUAUAAGAUACAAGGCAAUUCAGAGAAGCCUCUAUGACAUCCACAUGAGGAACUGGCUGCGCCACUUCCCCCUGGACCAAAUCCACAUCGUAGACGGGAACGCGCUCAUUCACGAUCCUCUGCCAGAACUUCAGAAGGUGGAGCUUUUCCUGAAUUUGCCCCCAAGGAUAAUGUCCUCCAACUUUUACUUUAACCAGACCAAGGGAUUUUACUGCAUCCGGAGUGACGGCAGAGAGCGAUGUCUGCACGAGUCAAAGGGACGUCCUCACCCGGUCGUGAAUAACACCGUCCUCCAGCAGCUCCGCUCCUAUCUGCAAGAACACAACAGAACCUUCUUUAGACUGGUGAAGCGCACAUUUAACUGGCAAUAAGAAAUCCAAUCCCAACUCUAGACUCAAGUGAGGCCACAACCUCAUCUGAUGUGGACAGAGAGGGGCACAAAGCACUUUAAAAUCAUUUCGAAUAGCCUCCAUGCACCACUGUUCUUAUCUUUGGUUGGCACAGAGCAGUCAGACUCUCAGUAGGAGGCAAAACUGAACACGUGUGCAUUUAUGAAAUACAGGGUACGAUUUUACAGCCCACAGCCCACAACAUGACAGUUCAUCCAGAACAUGUUCAACCCUUUGUACUUGAAGUAAUCAAGUGAGGUGGGUACCAGUACAUACGAUGGUAAGUCAAAAACUUGAGUUUUGUUCCUUGCUCCAUCAUUGCUCCUCUUUUCCAAAAAGAGAAAGGAAAUUGAAAGGAAUUAAAUUUCAGGCCUUAGACGAAAAAAAAAAACAUAUGCUAAAAAAGGUCAUUU